GAAGAGCGAGAGCGCAGCUAUGGAGUCGAGCGGCGGCGAAGCUUAUCCAUCUGGUUCUUACGAGGAAGACAGUCCUCUGUCGAGUUACAUCCCCUCCAAUCAGCAGCGGCAGCGGCGGAAUCGCGAGGAGCUGCCAGGUUCGCACGAAGCGCUCCAAGCCGCGCAGGAGUACCAGCAACAUCUUGCAAAGAAGAGUCGCAGCACCAUUAAAGUCUUGAACCAGUGCUGUGUGAGCGGCACAUACGUUAUGACUCUUCCUUCGAACUACUGCAAGAAGAUGAUGCCGCACGGGAGAGCCGAGGUGAUCGUCCGCGACCGGAGUGGUCACCAAUGGAGGAUGAGAUGGAACUGGACGGUGCAGCCAGUGAUUGGUGCCGGGUGGAAAGCCUUCUGCGUCCAUCACGAACUCGUCAAGGGAGACGUCCUCGUCUUCCAAAAGGAGAACUCCUCCGAGAUGAUCACGUUCCGCGUCGAGAUAUUCAAGCGCCGCAAGCUGGUCAAAUCCAGUGAUCGCGCCAACGCCGCCAACAUAGUGUUGCUCCCGCCAAAGAAAGAACCAGACGCGCUGGAGAUCGAGAUCGAAGAACUCGGCGGAGUAGCUAACGGAGGAGACGUCCACGACUACGACGUCCUCGAGCGCAAUCCCAAGAGGACGAGGGGGCUCCUGAGGGGAGAAUGGGUGGAGAACUCACACUCGUGCAACCAGGAGGUGGCGGGCGAGGAGGAGGAGGGAGUGGCAGAAGGGAUGGGAGGCGGAGAAGAGGCGGCGGAGGAGCGGCAGCAGCAGCGCCACGAGCCAGUGGUGGCGCUGGUGCUCAAAAAGACGAGGUCGGCAGCCGAGUCCGAGGAGCUUGGGAUGAGCUUCAAGAUGCAGGGGAGCAAGCUCCAGCGCAUGUGUAGGAGCGUGCUGGGCUCGCCCGGAUCAAUCGUGGAGGGGAGCUCCGCUGGAUCGCUCAAGGCUAAAGUGUCCAAGGAGGAGCUGAGGAAGAUCCUCAACCUGGCAUUUCCUCUCUACGAUGCCACUCCCUUCUAGAGUGGAUGAAAAUUUGAUCAAAACUUUAAAAUGAUCUAUUUGCCACCUGAUUUAAAAUUUAGAAAUAAUGUAUAAAUACUAAUUAUUAUCUAAGCAUUUAUA